GGAGGAUGCUGGGAAGUGUUUUCCCUGUUGGGUCUGUCUGUCAGCUUCUUCCGUUCGCUGUCGCCGUCCCUUCGGAGUUUCCUGGGUGUUCGCGGACGGAGGCUGGUCGUGGAGGAGCAGCGUGGGCGGAGAGCGGAGAAGCAGCAGAGACAACUUGGCUCUGGUCAGGGACCAGGCCUGCCUUUUGACCUCACCUGUGCAGUGGUUGCAACAACUGUCUUCUUCAUUUGGUGAGACCCUCCUAAGAUGCCAGCUGACGAUGGGCAUGGCAGCUUAGGUGGUUGGACUAAGGUCACACAACUGGCAAAACUGUAGCUUCUUCCCAGCUCCCCGGUUCCCAAAGAAGAGGAGGAAGACGAAAUGAGCAAGUUCAAGGAGGUGGUGACGUUCAGGGACGUGGCCGUGUUCUUCAACGAGGAGGAGCUGGGGCUGCUGGACUGUAUGCAAAGGAAGCUGUACUGCGACGUGAUGCUGGAGAACUUCAGCAACCUGCUCACCGUGGGCCACCAGCCCAUCACAGCGGAUGUCUUACCCCAGUUCGAGAGAGAAGACGAGCUCUGUGUGAAGAUGGUGACCCCGAGCGGAGCUAAGACUGUCAGUGAGACCGAGCCUCCUCUUCACGAAGAGGGGUUCCAGCGCCCGCCCCGCGACGAGCUCUUCUGCUGGCGGAUCUGGCAGCGGGUGACCAGCGAGCUGGCCAGGUGUCGGGAUUCCCUGCUGAACGCUGGAGAGGCUUGCUCUCAGUCGCAGAAACAAGAGCCCCUACGGUGUGAAGAGCUCAGUAAACUGUUCCGCGGGAGUUCACGCCGAGCAGCAGUUCACCCCGGAGAGGACAGCGGCGGGGACGCGAAGGAAGGUGAGGUGCGCGGGAAAGCUGCGCCCUGGGGCUCGUCGCCCCGCCCGGUUAGCUGGAGAGCCCCCGCGGAGCCGAGGCGGUACAAGUGCGAGCAGUGCGAGCGCUCCUUCUGCCGCCUGUCCGGCCUCCAGGCCCACCAGGCCGGGCACACGGGGCGGAAGCCGUACGAGUGCGAGGAGUGCGGCCGGGGCUUCACCCGGGCCUCCACGCUGCUGGACCACCAGCGGGGCCACGCCGGCAGCAAGCCGUACCAGUGCGGCGCCUGCUGGAAGAGCUUCUGCCACAGCUCGGAGUUCAACAACCACGUGCGCGUGCACACCGGGGAAAGGCCCUACGUGUGCGAGCAGUGCGGCAAGGGCUUCAGCCAGGCCUCGCAUCUCCUGGCCCACCAGCGGGGGCACACGGGCGAGAAGCCGUACAAGUGCGGCACCUGCGGGAAGGGCUUCAGCCGGAGCUCAGACCUGAAUGUCCACCGUAGAAUCCACACGGGAGAGAAGCCCUACAAAUGUGAGAAGUGCGGGAAGGCCUUCAGCCGGGUCUCCAUACUCCAAGUGCACCAGCGGGUCCACAGCGAAGAGAAGCCGUACCAGUGUGCAGAGUGUGGGCGGGGCUUCACUGUGGAUUCCCACCUGCAAGCCCACCGGAGGUGCCACACGGGGGAGAGACCCUAUCAGUGCGAGGAGUGCGGGCGGGGCUUCUGCCGGGCCUCGAACUUCCUGGCUCACCGCGGGGUCCACACGGGAGAAAAACCCUACCGAUGUGACGUGUGUGGAAAGCGCUUCCGGCAGAGGUCCUACCUCCACGACCACCAGAGGGUCCACACUGGAGAGAAGCCGUACAGGUGCGAGGCGUGUGGGAAGGUCUUCAGCUGGAGCUCGUAUCUCAAAGCCCACCAGAGGGUCCACACUGGAGAGAAGCCGUACAAGUGCGAGGCGUGUGGGAAAGGCUUCAGCUGGAGCUCAAGUCUUAUAAUUCACCAGCGAGUUCAUGCGGAAGAUAAGGACGUCAAGGGUUUCUCUUCACUGGAGGAGUCCUACAGGAAACAAAGUCUGUAAAAUCAGAUGUCGUAAUAUUUCAGAUUGGCGCUGGAGUAUUGCAGUUCUUAGAGUUGUCCUAGGAGACAAAGGAGUUACUGCAGAAAAGGCUCGCUGUUUUAGCUGGAGCUGGGCAUGAAUGUCACAGGAAUGAGAUGACGUAGCAGAGUACGCUUGUAAGUUGGAGCCAUGUAGAUGAUGCUGGACCCUUAGCAGACAUGUGCAGACAGGGACCUCAGGAGAGCUGGAUCUGCAUCCUCACACCACCCAGCGCCUGCCACCAGCACUGCCUGAAAUACCUCUGCCCAGCGGUGAGACUAUUCUGUUGUCAAUUGCAGUGUUCUUACUGUACAUACAAAAAUUCCUGAUGGUAUAGAACUAUAAUAGUUUAUGCAAAAGAAAGAUGUAAUAUUUUCCUAUUGUCUUUUAAUCUUUUAAAAGUUUCAAAUUAACCACAGGCAUGGU